CAAAGAAAAAGCAUUACAUCAUUAUAGGUUGUGGUGUAAUUGGAGGGGUACUCAUUUGGUUAGUAACUCAGUUACUCGUGAUCAGACUUGCAGGGAAAGGGAGAAUGGAAAAUGAUGGAGAAGAAUGGAGUAUGGUUUCAUUUCAAAGAUUGGGAUUCAAUAAAUGGGAUAUUUUGGGUGGUUUGACGGAUCAAAAUUUGGUUGGAAAUGGAGGGUCAGGAAAUGUAUAUAGAGUGAUCACAAAGAAAGGCAAAAAGUUGCUGUUAAAAGUAUAAGGCAUGAAAGAAACGAAGGCCACAUUUUGGAGAAGCAGUUUAUAGCAGAGGUUAAGAUCCUUGGGGGAAUUUGGCACAACAACAUAGUGAAAUUGUUAUGCUGCAUCAGAGGAAAGACUACAAAGCUUCUUGUGUAUGAAUACAUGGACAAACAAUGUGUUCACAAAUGGUUGCAUGGAAAGAAAAGAGGCUUAACUACUCAAGUCUUGCAGUGGGAGAGGAGGCUAAAAAUUGCCAUUGGAGCUUCACAAGGGCUUUGCUAUAUGCAUCACAGUUGCAAUCCACCCAUUAUUCAUAGAGAUAUCAAGUCCAGUAACAUACUCGUCGAUUCUGACUUCAAUGCCAAGAUUGCAGACUUUGGACUGGCAAAGUUGAUGGCAAGCGAAGGAGAUCCAGAAACAGCAUCUGCUAUUGUGGGAACCUUUGGUUACAUUGCCCCGGAAUAUGGCAGUACAAGAAAAGUGGAUGCGAAGAGCGACAUCUACAGCUUUGGCGUAGUUCUCUGGAAUUGACAACUGGAAGAGAAGCCGUGCUUGCAAAUGAGGAUAUGAACCUGGCACAAUGGGCACACAAACACCAAAGAGAAGGGAACUCAGCUGCAGAUGCCCUAGAUGAGGA